AUGGGUGAUUUAAUUGAGUCACCUAAAAACAGCUCCUCCUCCAGUUAUGAGGAAGAAACUGAACCUUCUAUCGAAUGGUGUCUGGAAAAUGGAUACAAGAUACCCAAAUGGCUUCUAAAGUGUAACAUAAAAUGCCCGUACGUAAAGGGCAACAUAUUUGAGGGUAAACAUGGCCCAAUAAACUAUUCAGUCGUCGGAGACCCCUCCGCGAACCUGGUAUUGACUUUCCACGGAUAUAACGCCACUCACACCACGUUCUCUAUAUACCAGAGUGUGUUAUCCAAAAACGGAUUCAGAGUUAUUGCUUUUGAUUUGUACGGACACGGACUAAGCGGGCACCCGAAGUACAGAGUUUUCGGGGACACCUUCUCCCCAAAGUACUACGUGGAGCAGGCGGACGAGGUUAUAAACCACCUAGGGUACGCAGGCAGGCCUCUGUCCCUAAUCGGAAUGUCGAUGGGAGCGUGUCUGGCGGCAGCGUACUGCGAAAAGCACCCGGACCUCGUGGAGAAAAUGGUACUGAUAUCACCAGCAGGACUGAUCCCAAAGAAACCAAAGCGCGUGGUUUUCCUGAGAUACAUCCAGUGCUGCAUCCCGUGCAUGCCCUGCUGCGUCUCGAAGUGCUGCUUCAGCAAGUGCAUCAGCACGCCGAAGUCGACGCUUCAGGACGAGUCUGGCAUAGAGUUCUGCGAAACCAAGGAGACGGACAACUGCAUCUCAGUGGAGGCCUCGGACGUGAAGACUGAGCUGAACCCGAUGGUAAACCGAAUGCUCUGGAGCCUUUUCGUGACAAGGAACGCCAUAGCGAGUCUGAUGGGCAUCGUCAACAGGAUGCCCCUGUGGACCAGCAGUGAGCUGUACAGAAAGGUCGGAAGCCUCGGAAAGUCGACGCUGAUUAUAUUCGGCAACUCGGACACGCUCACGCCUCCCGAAUGCGCAGACGAGCUGUCGAGGCUCUUCACGAACUCGCACACCAUCAUCUUCCCUGACUCGGACCACCUGGUCUCCUUCAAGAAGCCGCUGGAAGUGGUGAGCUCCUGCCUGGCCUUUUUGGGGAUUCCCACCCAGGAGAAAAUUCUACACUACACGCGCUGGCUGCCAUUUGAUUCGAAGGGCAAGUACAUACUCAAGUGCGACCGCGAGUUGGGGGAGAGUGAGGACGUCGAGGACGCCAACGUAACCCCCGUGAAGCAAGAGGAAACCUUCAAGACCAUGGUCACGCUCGACGAGAAGCCGAAAACCGUCAGCAAGAGGCCCUUUAAAAUAUUCAGCAACGCCCUCGACUUGCCGCACGACGACAGCCUUACAAACCUAGCCAUCAGCGGCGAGUAUGCUAAAAGAAAAGUUCCUCUGGUUGUAGUAAAGCAGUUUGAGGACUCAGAUUUAUAA